AUGCCCCCUGUUCCACCUUAUACAAUAGUCAUGCCCCCUGUUCCACCUUAUACAAUAGUCAUGCCCCCUGUUCCAUCUUAUACAAUAGCCAUGCCCCCUGUUCCACCUUAUACAAUAGUCAUGCCCCCUGUUCCACCUUAUUCAAUAGUCAUGCCCCCUGUUCCACCUUAUACAAUAGUCAUGCCCCCUGUUCCAUCUUAUACAAUAGUCAUGCCCCCUGUUCCACCUUAUACAAUAGUCAUGCCCCCUGUUCCAUCUUAUACAAUAGUCAUGCCCCCUGUUCCACCUUAUACAAUAGUCAUGCCCCCUGUUCCAUCUUAUACAAUAGUCAUGCCCCCUGUUCCAUCUUAUACAAUAGUCAUGCCCCCUGUUCCACCUUAUACAAUAGUCAUGCCCCCUGUUCCACCAUAUACAAUAGUCAUGCCCCCUGUUCCACCUUAUACAAUAGUCAUGCCCCCUGUUCCACUUUAUACAAUAGUCAUGCCCCCUGUUCCACCUUAUACAGUAGUCAUGCCCCCUGUUCCACCUUAUACAGUAGUCAUGCCCCCUGUUCCACCUUAUACAGUAGUCAUGCCCCCUGUUCCACCUUAUACAUUAGUCAUGCCCCCUGUUCCACCUUAUACAAUAGUCAUGCCCCCUGUUCCACCUUAUACAAUAGUCAUGCCCCCUGUUCCAUCUUAUACAAUAGCCAUGCCCCCUGUUCCACCUUAUACAAUAGUCAUGCCCCCUGUUCCACCUUAUUCAAUAGUCAUGCCCCCUGUUCCACCUUAUACAAUAGUCAUGCCCCCUGUUCCAUCUUAUACAAUAGUCAUGCCCCCUGUUCCACCUUAUACAAUAGUCAUGCCCCCUGUUCCACCUUAUACAAUAGUCAUGCCCCCUGUUCUAUCUUAUACAAUAGUCAUGCCCCCUGUUCCACCUUAUACAAUAGCCAUGCCCCCUGUUCCAUCUUAUACAAUAGUCAUGCCCCCUGUUUCACCUUAUACAAUAGUCAUGCCCCCUGUUCCACCUUAUACAAUAGUCAUGCCCCCUGUUCCACCUUAUACAAUAGUCAUGCCCCCUGUUCCACCUUAUACAAUAGUCAUGCCCCCUGUUCCAUCUUAUACAAUAGUCAUGCCCCCUGUUCCACCUUAUACAAUAGUCAUGCCCCCUGUUCCACCUUGUACAAUAGUCAUGCCCCCUGUUCCACCUUGUACAAUAGUCAUGCCCCCUGUUCCACCUUGUACAAUAGUCAUGCCCCCUGUUCCACCUUAUACAAUAGUCAUGCCCCCUGUUCCAUCUUAUACAAUAGUCAUGCCCCCUGUUCCACCUUAUACAAUAGUCAUGCCCCCUGUUCCACCUUAUACAGUAGUCAUGCCCCCUUUUCCACCUUAUACAGUAGUCAUGCCCCCUGUUCCACCUUAUACAAUAGUCAUGCCCCCUGUUCCACCUUAUACAAUAGUCAUGCCCCCUGUUCCACCUUAUACAAUAGUCAUGCCCCCUGUUCCAUCUUAUACAAUAGUCAUGCCCCCUGUUCCAUCUUAUACAAUAGUCAUGCCCCCUGUUCCACAUUAUACAAUAGUCAUGCCCCCUGUUCCACCUUAUACAAUAGUCAUGCCCCCUGUUCCACCUUAUACAAUAGUCAUGCCCCCUGUUCCAUCUUAUACAAUAGUCAUGCCCCCUGUUCCAUCUUAUACAAUAGUCAUGCCAGACUUCCCCUGGUCUUCCCUCAUGCAAGUAAUAAUUUUCUUGUCUUCACAUCCUCUUUUCUUUGACCUUCUCUGCAAUUGGUCUCUGCAAUUGGGGCUACUGUGGCUUCUAUUCCGAUGUCCUCAUUUCUAUAUCUGUCCCACCGUGUGA